GGUACGGAAUAUCCCUUUGGUCCAUUGGGGUCAGCUGUCCUGGCUGUGUCUCCUCCCAACUUUUUGUGCCCCUUCCCCAGCCUACCCGCUGGUGGGGCGGUGUGAGGAGCAGAAAAGGCCUUGAGAUCUUAGGGACAACUGAAAACAUUAGGGCACUUAUCAGCACCACUCUCAUCCCGAAUCCAAAACAUUGCCCCACACCAGCAGCUAGCAGGAAAGUUAACUCCAUCCCAGCUGAAACCAUGACACCUGGGCUCACUGCUACCCCGUCUUGCCCCGUGCUGUCCCCACCACAUGCACUGCUCUGCACAGCCCUGGCAUAGCAUGGCCGGGCUGUAGGAGCUCCCUGUCCCCUAAAUUGUGUCCCCAUGCUGCUGGGUUGGGAGCUGGCAGGCAGCUCUGGGACAUGCUGUCCCUUCUGGGGUCCCUCCUCCAGCCCGGCUCACGCCCCCUUCUCUGUUCCCUUUCCCCCUCCAGUGGACCAGAGCAUGUUUGAGAACGCCAGCGCCAGUACGGCACCCACCCCACGGCCACAGCAUGUCCCCACCGUGGCGGGUGCCCCGCUGCAGUCCUCCCGUCCUGCCGGCAGCCAGCACCUCCGCAAUCUGGGCAAGGCUGUGGGGGCCAAGAUGAAUGACCUCCUGCGCCGCAAGGAGCCGGCCGGGCUCCCCGGCGUGGGGGUGAUGGAGGUGAAUGCCAGUGCCGGGGCGAUACUGGGCACAGGACAGCCGGGCAGCGAGGAUGGGGCUGUGGGGCUGGACACCUUUCCCCGGCUGGACCCCCCACCCCCCAUCACCAAGAAGCGGACACCACGUGCCCUGAAGACCCCGCAGGACAUGCUCAUCGCACCACAGCCGGCAGGAUCCAGCCCAAGGAGCAGCACGGAGGAGCCCCCUGAACUGCCCACAGCCCACCCUGACCCUGCAGAGGAGUGGCCAGGGACAAGGGACCCAUCCCCUCCAGAAGGCCCUGAGGUCCCCACCAUCACCGGCACCCCAGAGCCAAGCGGUGACCAGCCCACCACUGCCCUCCCUGUGCCCGACCUCAUCCAUAAGGGCAGCCUGGAGGGCCAGUGGCGAGCAGGCGAGAGGGCCACCGAGACCUCACCUCACAUGGAGAAGCCUUCCCGGAGACAAGGGCUGGAGCCUGAGCCGCCAGGGAGCACAGGGCGACCGGAGCCAUGCACCUCGGGACGGGAGGUGGAUGGGCCCCAUCCUGACCUGCUGUCCUUUGAGUAGCAGUGGGGGAGCCGUGGUGGGGGCACCAUGGGGGCUGGCUCUCCCAAACAUGUCUCUCACUGCCA